CAAUUCGAGGUAGGAUUUGUUUUGUGUAACACACGUACUAUGGCCGUCAAAGCACUCUGGUGUUAGCUCAUGUAAAGCUAUCUCUUUCUUUCUUUGGUCUGUCGUUGCGUUGUAGCCAGAUUCUAGCUGUGAUGUGAUGACGGAUAAACGACAGCGUGCCAGAGUUCAGGGCUCCUGGGCCAAACAACUCCCAAAACACCCAAGUCCAGCAGGUCCUAAAGUUGCAGUGCCAAACAACCACCAACCCAAAGAUGCCAACACAGCCUCAGUUUCUUGGGGAUUUAGGUCCCAACAAACCUCUAAGAGUUUUGAGUUUCACCAGCCCUCCAAGCCAGUUAGAAAUGUUCCACAGGAGAAGGUGAUAGAAAAAACAGGUGAUUAUGAGAUCAGCCAUGGACCAUCAGGGGUGUCCAGACUGCGACUGAUGUCUGGGUUUCUUCCCCAAGAAGAGGCUGACUGGAUGUUCAGUAAGCUGCUAGCAGAGCUUCCCUGGUCCCAAAAGACCAACUACAGACAGGGUGAAGCCUACGAGGAGCCCAGGCUGACCUGCUGGUAUGGACAGCUGCCAUACACGUAUGCUUGCUCCACCAUGGCUGCCAACACACAGUGGCAUCCAUUACUGCUAACCCUUCGCCUGGCAGUGGAACAGGCGAGCGGCCACAGCUUCAACUCCCUGCUGUGUAAUUUGUAUCGUGAUGGCCAUGACAGCAUCGGCUGGCACAGUGACGAUGAAGCCUCCCUGGGUUCUAAGCCCGUCAUUGCUUCCCUCAGUCUGGGUGACACCAGAGUGUUCAGCCUUCGCAAGCAGCCUCCACCGGAGGAAGACGGUGACUACACUUACGUGGAACGGAUUCGGGUUCCUCUGAGUCACGGGACACUUCUGCUGAUGGAAGGUGCCACACAGGACGAUUGGCAGCAUCAAGUGGCUAAAGAGUACCAUGACAGGGGUCCACGCAUCAACUUGACUUUCAGAACUAUCUACCCAGAGCCGGAGGGCCACAGGCCAGGAACCAAGAUACGAUUCACAUCCAAGCAGCCGUAAAUUCCCCUCAGUCAGCACUGGCGUACAGGGGCACUUCAACGUACGCUGUUCUAGUUGCCACCUGAUUUGUACUGAGAAUCUCCCAGAUGUCAGAUAUCAAACGCAUGUCCUUAUUCUGAAUAUUGCCUUGGUGAGUUACUUAAAUUUAUUUGAUUUGAUUGGACUUUUAUAGCAAACUUUCAUUGGACCCACAGUUGUUUUAGGUUGUUAAUUAACCAUUUUGACUAAGAAGUACACUGCUGUUCAGAAGUUUGGGGUCCCUUAGAAAUGUUCUCAUUUUUGAAAGAAAAGCAGUUUUUUUUUCUCAGUUGAGAUAACAUUAAAUUAAUCAGAAAGACAAUCUAGAAAUUGAUGUGGUAUAUGGCUGAUUUUUGAUGGAAUAUCUCCAUAGGGGUACAGAGGAACAUUUCUAGCAACCAUCACUCCUGUGUUCUAAUACUACACUGUUAGCUAAUGGUGUUGAAAGGCUAACUGAUGAUUAGAAAACCCGUGUGGAAUUAUGUCAGUAAGUGAGUUUUUUUGGAAACCAUGACAUUGUCUGGGUGACCCCAAACUUUUGAACAGUAGGGUAAAUGUGUGCAUGUUAAUAAUUCCAUGUCACUGGAAUGUGUUUCUUUAUGAAAGACAGUCAAACCAUUACUAUCAGAGUACUCACUGUCCAGAAUCUCCCUCUUGAUAUUAUUUUGGUAAAGUGCAUUCAAAUGUGAACAAUUUUCAGCCUCGUUUGUCUUGGCAAGCAUCUAGAGAGAACAUAGUUGUUAUUCAAGUGAAGGAGCAAGUGAAUCUCUAUGGCUGAGAGUUGUUUUUACAAUGAAGCAGCACAUUGUCAGUACCAACUCGUCAAAAUAAAUCACUUAAAAUACUUGAUUAAAUGGUUUCUGGUUCUGCCGCAGUUACAAAAAUAGCAGUUUUUUUUGUUUCAUCUGAACAAAUUUAGUUAUUUAAUAUUACAUUAAAUGUUUGAAACCUAAACAGUUUAAUUACACCUUGUAUUAUACCCAGUUUGGCAUGUGAGUUCUUUGUGUUGUUGCCUCUGAUAUCACAACCUGCUGCCGUUUCAGAAUGAGCACCAGUUGUAAAACCUAUGUCAGUACUUUUCUUUGGUAAAUAAAGAAAUGGAGAGAAUUUUUUUGUGACAAAUUUCUCUCAACCAUG